UCCCUCCGGUUGUGAAAGGGGUCUCAGAGCAUUGCUGGGGCUUGGCAGGCCCCUCCCCUGGGCUGCAAGGAUCCGCCUCUCUAUUCCCCAGAUAAAUUCCUAGUGUCCACCAAAUUCCUCAGCGCUCUCUCACACUCCACUACGGCCACGACUCCGGGGGUGGGGAAACAGCGUCGGUUUCCUUCCCAAAGAAGCCCUGGCGGUUCCUUCUCACAACUCUGCAAAGGGGAAAGGGGUGUGAAACCCAACCAGGACCCCAACUCCAACUCCCAACAGGAGGUGGCUGCUCCACACUACACACUCGGAGGGCCCAUUGAUUGCGGGGUCUCUCUCUCUCUCUCUCUCUCUCUCUCUCUCUCUCUCUCUCUCUCUCUCUCUCUCUCUCUUCCCCUCCCUCUCUCUCUCUCUCCCUCUCCUCCCCUCCCUCUCUCUUUCUCUCUCUCGUCCUCUCCCGCAAACAUGUCCACGGGCUCCCUCAGUGAUGUGGAGGACCUUCAAGAGGUGGAGAUGCUGGACUGCGACGGGCUGAAAAUGGACUCGAACAAGGAGUUUGUGACUUCCAAUGAGAGCACCGAGGAGAGCUCCAACUGCGAGACGGGGUCUCCCCAGAAGGGCCGCGGUGGCCUGGGCAAGAGGAGAAAGGCUCCCACCAAGAAGAGUCCCUUGAGCGGGGUCAGCCAGGAGGGGAAGCAGGUCCAGCGCAACGCGGCCAACGCGCGCGAACGCGCCCGGAUGCGGGUGCUGAGCAAGGCCUUCUCCAGGCUCAAGACCACCCUGCCCUGGGUGCCCCCGGACACCAAGCUCUCCAAGCUGGACACGCUGAGGCUGGCGUCCAGCUACAUCGCCCACUUGAGGCAGAUCCUGGCUAACGACAAGUACGAGAACGGUUACAUCCACCCGGUCAACCUGACGUGGCCCUUUAUGGUGGCCGGGAAGCCCGAAAGUGACCUGAAAGAAGUGGUGACCGCCAGCCGCUUAUGUGGAACCACGGCGUCCUGACCUUGGAGGUGCGAGUCUGGGAAAGGCGCGCUCCCAGGGGGGAGCGGGCCCCGGGAAGGCGACCCUUGCCCUCCCUGCUCUCUGUCUCUGCUUCCCCCUGCAAAGCUCCUCUCCCUGUCCCACCCCGCGAGAACACUUUACAGCGACGAGGAGAUUCGUUUCCAAACCAGAAGGGAUCAACUGUACUUACAAAGAUUCCCAUCUAUUUAACUUUAUUAACUUCUACCGUGAAUGACUCUGUGAGCCUUGCUGGUCCAAGUGCAAUAUGUAAUUAUAAAUAUAUGAAUAGAUAAUAAGAGCCUAUCAAUGUGUAUCUUUUGUACAAUAUGUUGUAAAAUGUAGAUCAUAGAAUAGCUGACUUUGACAGUCACAUUUAUAAAGUAAUUCACUUAAAGAUAUAUAUUUUUUUCAAACAAA